CGUAGAGCGCGCGCUUAGUUCGCAUUUGAGAUAGCAGCGCUUUUGUUUUUAUUUGACAUUCGAUUUGUUCGCGGUGUUGUUUUUUUUUAAAGCAUCCGUACAGGAAACCCAAUCGUAUCGAUUCGUUUUUCGAUAAAAUUUACACAAUAAGGAUGUCUUCGGAAAGCAGAACCCGUGUGCAACAAAACGAUUUGCUUCUUCACGAGGCCGUGAUCAAGAAUGAGCCGACGGCUGUGAGAGAAGCGCUGAAGAGACCGACGGACGUCAACUGUAGGAACAACUACGGGAGGGCGCCAAUACACUGGGCCGCCAGCCGUGGGAACGUUGAAAUAAUCAACUUACUUAUCGAAGCCAAGUGCGAUAUAGAAGCUGCUGAUAAGUUCGGGAUGCGGCCGUUGCUGAUGGCGGCUUGGCAUGGCCAUCUAGACGCCGUGACAUCUCUAGUCAAGGCAGGCGCAUGUCUCGCAGCUACUAACAAAAAGCAUAAUGAUCUCCUGCAAUGUGCGUGUGCCCGCGGCGCCCGCGAUGUGGCGGAAUACGCCCUGUCCCUCGGAGCGCGCGUGCAGACUGCAGACGUCGCUGGAGACGCCCCCCUCGCACAAGCUGCAAGAGCUGGACACGCGGCUGUCGUAGAACUACUCCUGGACAAGGGGGCUGAUAUCGAUGCAGUCAAUAAGAACGGUCGUACGGCUCUACACAUGGCUUGCGAAGGCGGAUACUCCUCAACUGCUAGUCUCCUGGUAUCACGAGGUGCGUCUAAGGAAGCCAGGGACAACGCCGGCAGGACACCAAUACACAUAGCUGCAGUCCACAGACACACGGAGCUCGUGAGGGUCCUUUUGGAGGCGGAAUGCUUCGUCGAUGCGGUUGAUGAUAGCGGUGUGACCGCGCUACAACUGGCGUGUGCACAAGGCUGCCGGGGCAUCGCGGAGCACCUGCUUGAGUUUGGGGCAAAUGUUCACUUACAGAAUAACGUAGGUUCCUCGGCUUUGCACGCCGCGUGCGCCGCCGACGCAAAUGACAUUGUGGAGCUGCUAUUAGCCAACGGAGCAGAUCCCAGCCUCACCGACCAGUGGGCCCGCUCCCCGCUGAGCGUGGCUGGUGGGGCGGCGGCCGACUCGCCUCCGGAAGGGUUCCGACGCGCCGCGCGAGGUUCAUUCUCCGCAAUACUGGACCUCCUUACCGCCACCACCAAUCUGGACCACCACAGCGAUCAACAUUCAGAGGGUGCCACCACUCCUCGCGCGGAGGACAAGUCCGGAGGACGCUCACCGGCCGCGCAUGAGGCCGCGGAGGUCGGCAGCGAGAGGUGAUGGUCGGCCGCCGCGCUGCUGGAGCGUCUCGCGCAGAGAGGACUCGCCGCCGACCCCCGCCUCGCCCUGCCGCCCACAGGGUGCGCCCGAUACCGCGAGCUGUGCUACCGCGCCGCGCACGCCGCGCCCGGGGCUCCGCUGGCUGUCCCCGGGGCGCCGCACGCCUGCGACUGCCGAAACUGCGCGGCCAGGCGGAACUCCACGCCGCCAUAGCUCACUCGCAGACCGCUACCCAGUUCCAGCGCUCAAUACAGUACUUUACUAUUACUGAUGAUACAGCAUGUUAAAACCUUAGGGUCCUUUCACACCGAGCGGAUCUACACAGCUAUUACAGAGCUUUAGUGGUAUCAAAAUCAAAGUUAAUAUCUUUAUUAAUGUACUAGCCCGUUUCGCUGGGCAUUUAAAAUUAAUUCUCACCCCCACAAAGAUUCUCAUCAUUAACGCCCUCGCAACUAGCGUAGGAAGUCCAACACUCAUAUAAAUAUUAGCCUAUCCGUUAAGUACAUGUAUUUUCUACAUGGAUACCAAGUUUCAAGUCAAUCGGAUGCAUGGUUCAGUAGUUAUAAUGGAACAUCCGUAACAACCACUGUAGAUUUAUAUAUUAGUAUAGAUGUAUUGUAGACUAUCAAUGACGUCCGCUUUGCACUAGGUAACCGUGUGCUCCUACAGUAACAGCGCCUUUAGCGGCAAACGUUCCAACGAGUUAACUUUUAGCCUAUCGAGAACGUUAAGCAACUCCACUAAUCACACCGGACACGAGCGCACGGCCGACGGUUGUAAUCAUUCGCAGACACCCCGUCAGCGGACCGUUAGACGCCUGCCUCUCGCCGACGAUACCUUUAACUCCGACUGAAGACUGUGUCGACACCUCCAUGCAACAACAUCGUAACUCAUUUUUUUACAAAUUUUGAGUUACAAUGCUAUUCGGAUACAAAAAGAAAAAGGAUUUUUUCUGUGUAAUAAUUGUAACUCUACGCCUAUUCAAUUUGAUUUUAUGAAAGAGGUAAAAGCAUUGUAAAUCCCCAAAAAAACCAGAUUAACCUGCAAGGUUAUUGUAACUUUAUUUACAAUACACAAAAUAUUACGAAUAUCUAAUCAAUGAAAUACAACAAAAUUGUACACAAUCUUUGUACAGCAUGACUCUGGAGUUUAUGAACACAAAAUACCAUGCUACUGCAUUGUAACCUGAGUUACAAUGUUUUUGCACGGAUUUUGAUAUUAGUUUUUGUGUGGGCCUGACCCCUAAGAUGCAUUACGAUCUUGUCGCCCGAGUUUACUUGCAUUGUGUGUGCGGUUUACGUGAUUAAAAAUUGUAAAGAAAGGAUAUCGGAAACGGCGAGAUAUGCGAUUUUUAAAGAUUUUUGGUGUCUGAGUCAAGGCAAGUAAAUUUUGUAUGUAGAUGUGUAGACAGAGUUUAACGAAAAUAAAUAACAACAUCAGUUAUUUGUCACUCACGACGUCAUUGGUCCUUUAAUUACUAUUUAUAUGCUGAUGGCGACAAGAAAAGGUUAUGUAAAAAUAUGAUUUUCGACACUCUGUAUUACCGACAUGUGGUUGCAAACUAUUUACAAGGAGAUAGAUGCAGGAGGGACAGGAAUUAUAACAAGGGAUUUGAGAGGAAGUCAUAAUAGUCGAACAAAUCUGAUCCCAGAUGCAGUGAAAGAUUCUGUCAGAAAUCAUUAUCAUUAACCUCUAGAAUUGAUUCCCAUACCGUAAGAAAAAGAACUUUCAAAUUAUACUUUACAAAUUAUACUUUUUAACAUACUCUAAAUUAUAUGGACUUUACGUUGAUCGGAUGAAGGUUAAUUGUCCAACAAAACAAGUGUCAAAUUCUAGACAGUAUAAAUAUAUGUUUUAUAAAGAAUACAACAUAGAAUUUGAUAAGCCAAAACCUCUGUAUCUGACUUAUAUCUAAGUUUCAAUCCAAAAGAUAUCCAAGCAUAGUCUCAGCCAUUUAUGACUUACAUAAUGUUUUAACAACACCCCGAUCUGAAGUUUCAUUAUUUUACUAUAGAAGGAAAUUUGCUGUAUAUAGUUUUACCAUCUUUAAUUUAGGAAAGUCCAAAGGAUAUUCGUGCGUAUGGAACGAGACAACAGGCUGUGUUUCUUUUUAUUAAACAGAAAUAUGAAGAAGGCUUUCGCAUAUUUAACUUUUUUUCUAAUUGCUGUGGCGGACAAAACCAUAACCGAAUAAUAAUAGCUAUGUUUCCUAUGCGUCUAAAAUAUUUGGCAUAUCGAUUAUACAUAACUAUUUUGAAAUUGGACAUUCGCAAUCUGAAGGAUCUGAAGAAUGCCAUGCAUGCAUUGAAUGAACUACGGAAUAAAAAUCAAAUUAUUUACGUACUAGAGCAAUGGAUCACUUUAAUUAGAUGUGCUAAAACAACAUGCGAGCCUUAGUCGUAGCUGAAUUAGAUCAGAAUGUAAUUCUAGAUUUUAAAGACUUCUGACGGAUAAAAACAACUUGGAUAUUUAUGAGAAAAAGUAAUGUGGUCUAAAUUAAAACACAUUAAAAUAGAAAAAGAAAACCAAGAUUUAAUAUAUUUUCAAUAUGAUUAUUUAAGCAGCCAAUAUCUAACUAUUAACCUUACUUGGAAACGCAUUAAAAAUCGACAAGAAUUAAAGAAACAACUCAAUGUGAACAGCCAGAGGAAGAAAGUAUUCCGUUACCCGUUUUAGUGGGUGGCGCAUUUACGAUUUACGUUGUAGAUGUCUAUGGGCUCCAGUAACCACUUAACUUCAGGUGGGCUGUGAGCUCGUCCACCCAUCUAAGCAAUAAAAAAAAUAUUACUCAACGAUAAAAUACUCCCAAUUUCCACAGGAAAUUUUAAAGAUCUCGUAAGUUUAUACAAGUGCAACGCGAUUCCAGAAAUUUACCACAAAUUUUACUUAAAUCUUCCACAUUCAACUCAAUUAGCUGAAGAUAACAAAAGUGAUGAUGAAAAUUAAUUGUUAUUGAGUUCUAUUUUAUUAAUGUUACCAAACAAGAAAAUGGAGUUGUUUUUUUUUGUUAUACCUGUCAUUAGCGGCUGAUUUUAAAUGGUAGGUAGGUACUGCGUGCGAUGGUUUAAUAAUUAGUGUUUGUUCUAAUUAACUUUUAAUAAAUUUUGUCAGUAAGCUGCAGUUUUAGUCUUACAAUCAAAUAUUUUAAUUAAUAUUAAUCCUGUUAUAGUGACUUAUGUCCAUUAUGAUAGGAUUUUUAAGAAAUUUGCAAUUAUUUGUAUGAAAAACAAUUGAACGUUUACAUACAAUUUUCAUGCAAUAAAAUUGUAACUCAGAGUUACAAUUGUUUGAAAAGAUAAAAAACAUAAUACGUAAAAAAAUAAAGGACGUAACUCAGACAUACAAUGUUUGUCACUGUAGCUCAAGUGACUUGAUUAUGCAUUGUUUUUCACGUAAGUCAUGAAAAGCCAUGAAAACAACUUUUUUUUAAUAAUCUUAAAGUACAUGACAAUAGUGCACAUUAAAAACAUAGGAUAACAACACUUUCGAAGAUUGUAGAGUGAAACCUUGAAUAGCUAUGAUAUUUGGAAUUUUCAUUUUACUCUCACCAAAAAUCUCAAAACAUGAGUUACAAUUUUAUUGCAUGGAGGUGUCGAUGUCAUAGGACUCUAUUUUUUUAUUAGACGGAUAGAUGAGCUCUGCCCGCCUCAUGUGAUGUUAGUGGAGACCAUAAACUUCAGCUACUCAAAUGCCGUCACCUACCUUGACAGUUUGUCUUAUAGUACACAAGCGGACCGCUACGGCUCCGCUCGGGUCUUUAACAAAAAUUUUAACGAUAUUUGAAGUCGUUUUAUUUUUUUAAAUAAAAGAACACUUAUUGCGGCAUAACUAUAAUAGACAUAUGCUGUCCCGACACUUUUCGUAAAUAAUAUUGUGUUCUACAAAGUCGUAGUACAUUAUUUAAUUCUAUCAUUAGUAGUUUUCGCAGCGCACGCGCUGUAAACAAUAUUUUAGACAAAUUUUUUACGCCUUGGGUUACAUUAUUGAAGUUUUAGUAAGGAUCUCUAAUUUUUUUCAAAAAAGAUUAUAGCGUAUCUCAGUCGGGAAGCUUGUGUAGCUUCCCGAGUGACAGAUAAAUCGGUUCAGUAGUUUCAGAGCCUAUUCAAUACAAACAAGCAAAUCUUUCCUCUUUAUAAUAUUAGUAUAGAUAGUAUAGAAGUACAUAUUUGCAGCACCUCCUUCAAAUCAGAUUAUUGCUUCAAGGCAGAAAUAGGCAGUGGUGGUGGCGGCACCUUCCCGUACGGACUUCCAAGACGUAAGAAAAGUAAAUAAAGAUUUAAUGUAUGUACAUACUCUGAAGGUAAUAUUAAAAAUAGUGCCUGAUGACCACUCAACACUUGUGAAACCUAAAGGGCCAGUUUAUAACUUUUGCGUUUUAACAAAAUCACAUUAUCUAUCUUCAUAUUAUUUUUUUAUUACUUAGAUGGGUGAAGCUCACAGCCUACCUGGUGUUAAGUGAUUACUGGAGUCCAUAGACAUCUACAGCGUAAAUGCCGCCACCCACCUUGAGAUAUGCGUUCUAAGGUCUCGGUAUAGUACAACGGCUGGCUGCCGUGGGUGGGCCUUCAACUGCUUUACCGCAGAAAUAGGCGUGGCGGUGGUACCUACCCGCGCGGACUCGCAAGACGUCCUACCACCAGUAAAAUAUUUUAUUAUUAUCAUAGACUAGUAUUUCGAAGAGCUUACAAGUGAUUUUGUAUCUAGUACUUACCUACGUGCAGUAAGUUCAUUGGUAAUUCAUUACAUCAUAACAAAAAAUUAUCCUCUGAAAAUAUCUUGAAAACUUGUCUAAAUAAAAUUGUAAAAAUCUUAUAAUUUUUUUCUAAAUAAAAACUUAUUCUUUGAUUUUCCAGUGCAAAUGUCAAUAAACUAAGUACUUGUAUUUUAGUUUGUAAAAUAAGCUUAAAAUUCAUUAUAAUAUUGAAUAUUUUAUUAAUCGAACAUUAAGAAUUUCUCGUAAAACUUAUCAAUUAAAACAGUGUUUUUUGAUAUAUCUAAGCCAAAUUAUAAUAACUUAGAUUUAAAUAUAAGAAAAAUUAAUUAGAAAAUAUUAUUAAUUAUUACGUGUUUCAGCGGUCCAUUAUAAUUAAUAUGACGAAUUGCUAUUGAAGUAUCUAUUAUAAUUAAUUUUAUACUUCUUAAAUUUAAGCUUUUAAAAAUAUUUAAAUCUAAAAAGCUCGUAAAAAUUCAUUCAACGUAAUUUUAACAUUACAUACUAUUAUUAUACAUCGUCACAUAAUUGUUUUUAAGCUUUAAUAUUAUAGUAUUUAAAAUAAAUUUAUAUAUUUCGACCAUUUUGUAUUUUGCUUAUCUCGUUUUUUUUUAAAUGUACAUUAAUUAUUAUAAGGCCUAUCUAAUAUGCUUUAAGAAUAAAUUUAUGUAUUUUCAAAAAUAAAAAUAGAUGUAUAUUCAAAAAAAUAAAUAUUCAAAAAUACAA